GCGUCAUACGAUUUAUCUCCUGCGAAAUCGCCAGAACCUGCGUCAAGCGCAUUCGCAGCUCUCAGCCUCUCAACAACCACCCCAUAUCUUCCGCAAUGGCUUCAAUUACCCGGUGCUUGAGGGCCGCCCGGCCCGCGGCUUUCUCUGCCGUUGCUAGAGCCUCCGUCUCUCGCACUAUCGGCGUCCGCGCCUUUUCCGUGACGGCUGCGAAUGCGAUAAAAAGGUACACCAAGGAGCACGAGUGGAUCGACAUCUCGGCAGACAAGAAAACGGGUGUCCUGGGCAUUAGCGAAUACGCCGCUAAGCAGCUGGGCGAUAUCGUAUACGUCGAGCUGCCGGAAGAGGGCAAGGAGGUGGCCGCCGGUGAUGCCGUUGGUGCCGUCGAGUCCGUCAAGAGUGCAGCCGACAUCAACGCCCCAGUUUCGUGCAAGAUCACCCAAGUCAACCUGUUGUUGGAGGAGAAGCCGGGCACCAUCAACCAGGUCGCCGAGGACGACUCGCACGGCGGCGGUUGGAUCGCCAAGGUCCAACUCACUGAGGAGGGCCUCAAGGACUUUGAGAAGAUGAUGGACGUCACCGCGUACGAAGAGUUCACUGCCGAGGAAGGGGACCACUAAGGCGUUUCGGUACGGAGUAGUGUGGGCUAUUGGGGGCAUCCCGGAGGAGGAUGGGCUAGGGAAGCCAUAGGAGCAUCAUUUUUUUUUCGGACAGUUCAACCUGAUAGAUGCAGGGGCCUAAAAGGAUUUGUACCAUAACGGCCGUUGGGACAAUUGGUGUUUGGUUUCACACAUCUGAAUUCGAACAGGCGUUCAACAGGGAGCGAGACAGACCCGCGACGCAGUCUCGGAAAGGAGCUUUCAACGGCUGGGUAUAUGAGCAAAUUACGACCCGGGAGCUAGCAAGCAAAGAGAUAAUGAAACAUGGAAAGCGAGCACAAU